AUGCGCUCCUUAGCGGGACUAGUUGCCGUCGUGGCGACGGCAAGUGUCUACCUCUACCUGCUGUCGACUCAUCUUCCCCCGGGACCGAAGCAGCUCCAGGCGGGCUCCGAGGGGGAGGACGAGGGGGUCCAAGAGGUCAUCGGCCUGAAGUUCCCGUCGGACCUGGAUGAGCUGCGGGAGCUCGCUGAGAUGCUCAAGUUCUAUAAAAGAGAACAUCACGGCUACGUUCUGCUGCUGUUCUGCAGCGCCUACCUGUACAAACAGUCUUUCGCCAUACCUGGCUCCUCCUUCCUGAACAUGUUAGCCGGUGCGAUAUUCGGGCCCUGGGAGGGUCUGGUUUUGGCCUGCCUGCUCACCACUUCAGGCUCCACGUUCUGCUUCCUGCUCUCCUCUGUGUUUGGAAAGCAGCAUGUGGUUCAGCUCUUCCCUGAGAAGGUGGCCCUGCUGCAGAGGAAGGUUGAGGAAAAUCGUAGCAGUUUAUUCUUCUUCCUACUUUUCCUUCGUUUCUUCCCUAUGACUCCUAACUGGUUCCUUAACAUCACCUGUCCCGUCCUCAACAUCCCUUUACCUAUUUUCUUCUUCUCCGUGUUCAUAGGUUUGAUUCCCUACAACUUCAUCUGUGUCCGCACGGGCUCCAUACUCUCAGAGAUCUCCUCUCUGGACGACAUCUUCUCCUGGAGCACGCUGGCCCAGCUCCUGGCCAUCGCCCUGGCGGCUCUCGUCCCUGGAGCGCUGAUCAAACGCUACAGCAAAGGUCACCUCAAGGUGGACGGCAUGGACAGCAACGGCACCAGUCAGGCUGAAAUCAAGCGGGACCGGAAGAGACGGUGAUUCUGGGAUGACAUAAACACAACUUUGUGCCAGAAGAAGUAAGGUGGGAAAAAACUCUCCGCCGUGUGACCUUUUGUCCGCUCCAGCCUCGGGAUUUUUGUAAGGUCACACCAGAUGCUCAUCAUACGUAUAAUGGUAAUAGUAUGAUCUGUUCUGAAAGUGUAGAAGUGUCUUCAGGUCGUGUUACAUCAGACUUGAAGGUUACACUUUCCCAAAG